GAUACAAUCCGCCUGCAGAGCCGUUAACGGAUCUUUACCUGCGCAAGUAAUAACAGCGUUGAAUUUUACUCAUUUUUAGUGUUAAGCUCCUGGUGAGUAUUUUUAACCGAGAGAUUUUUCCCCCCCCUAUAUUUUUUAUUUUUAUUUUUUUUUCGACUUUGAAACCUCUUUGGGACUCUUUUUGUUUUUGUUUUCAUUUUUAAUGCAUUUUUUUCCCGGCUGGUAUUCCCGAGACUGUGUGUGGCUUUAGUGGCGUACAUUUUGUGUUUGCGUUAUUCGAGCUGCGCAGAUAGGGGUGUGAGAAUCUCCCCCCCCCCCCCCCCCCCUCCCCCUCCUCCAUCGGCCCCCCUCCCUCCGCAACAUGAUUUUUAUAAGACAUUUAUUUAAACAAAGACCCCCCGUUUCCGCCCUCGUCGUGUGUCUGAUUCGUGGUGGUGUUUUCGGGGGGGAGAAAGGUGGAAGGCGGUGCCCGUGUUUUCGGCCCUUUCCCCGGUGGACGUGUUUUUAAAAAGACGCUUUUCGGGUCUCGCGCGGCGCUUUCGCGGUCGUUUCAAAUUGACUCCUAAAGACGUGCUUUUCCCCCUUUUGGGAUUUGGGCAGAGCUCGUGUGUGUGUGUGUGCGUGCGUGUGUGGGUUUUUGUUUUUUUUUCUGCCGCGAAUUUUUCAGGAUUUUUUUUUUCUUCAAUGACGGCUGGGGCGUUUUUAUUCUCUUUUUCUUUUUUUAAUGAACAUUAACUCCAGGGAAUGCUGUAGCAUUGGGGUGACAGACUGGGGGCAUUUGGUAAUUCUGUUGUAAUCAUAAAAAGUCAAUUAAUUUGAGUGAGUGAGGGGCAAUAAUCUGUAGGCCUGCACCUUUUUAAUUCCUCUUUUAUAGCUGUAGAUUAGCUGUUUACAAGCAUGUGACGAGCAACAGAGUUGUAUUGUGGGAAGUCAGGAAAGUUUUGCCCCGCCCUCCAGCUUUGCCCCGCCCCCAAGUGUGUCCUCUGUAAGCGUCCUUGAGCACUAGUCCCCCCGGCCUCUAGGGGCGCUGUCCCGUAGCCGUCCCUUUUAAUCCUUUAACAAUGUCCGUAGCAGUCUGGGCAGGUUAUUGUUGCAGCAAACCGUCAUUUUGUGGAUUUUUAUUUUUAAAUCCAUUCACUGUUUUCAUGCAUGACCUUUUUUAAUUUAUCUGCAGAAGUAGAAGUGUUUGAAGCCAUUGAAAAAAAGUGUGGGAAAGAUGAAUUUUGGUUUUCAUCAAAUGAUAACCAGGUAUUUUAUAUCAAUGUAUAUAAUUUAAAUAGAAAAUUAGAAAGAUUUUUCAGCGAAAAUUUUAAUAUCCAGUUCACAAUGACAUGAAAAAGGUGUGAAUAUUAUGAGUUUGAUUUAGUUAAUGGGUUUUGUUUAAUCCUAAGCAUUUUGUUUGAACAAAUUCAAAGUGAAGAUGUGUCAUUAAGAGCAUUAUUAUUGGACUUUUUAAAAAAAAUAAAUACUUAUUUCCCUCCCAGUUUGUCUUCCAUACUUGUGAAAACAAAUAGUUCAAACUCAUUUUUCUAAUAUUCCGUUUUUGUUUCCCCCUGUUUAGUUUUUGAAGCCACUUUUUUGAACGGCGGCAAAUCACUCAGGCAGGCAGGCAGACCUCCAUCGACCUGAGCACAGACAUGAUGGACAGCAACGUGACCAACAAGACGGACCCGCGCUCCCUCAACUCCCGCGUCUUCAUCGGCAACCUCAACACCCUGCUGGUCACCAAGGCCGACGUGGAGGCCAUCUUCGCCAAGUACGGCAAGAUCGUGGGCUGCUCCGUCCACAAGGGCUACGCCUUCGUGCAGUUCGCCAACGAGAGGAACGCCCGCAACGCCGUGGUCAGCGAGGACGGCCGCAUGAUCGUGGGACAGGUGCUGGACAUCAACCUGGCAGGAGAGCCGAAGCCCCACCGAUCGAAGACGGCGAAGCGCUCCGCGGGCGACAUGUACAGUCCGUCUGUGGAUCUGGAGUAUGACUUCCAGAGAGAUUACUACGACAGGAUGUACUCCUACCAGUCCCGCGUGCCCCCUCCCCCUCCUCCCCCGCUGUCCCGCGCCGCCGUCCCCUCCAAGCGCCCGAGGGUCAGCGUGAGCGGGGGGGGCAGCCGACGGACCAAGCCCAGCUUUUCUUCGUCCUCCAAGAGGAGUCAGGGGACGUCCCGCUCCAUGAAGGCGGGCGAUCUGCAGACCAUCAAGAGGGAGCUCACGCAGAUCAAGCACAAGGUGGACUACCUGCUGGAGAGCCUGGAGCGCAUGGACAAGGACCACGGCAAGAAGUCAGACAUGAAGGGCUUGCAAACAGAACCAGGCGAGGUCUCCCCCCUCCACUCCUCCACUCCAUCAAGAAGUGCGACGGCAUGAAACGGGGCAUGAACGACUCCGACGACGAGGGGGACUGCUGGACGAUGACGACGAGGUGAGGAGGAGGAGGAGGCGGGUGGAGGA